AAAGUUAUUAGGUGUUUAGGAUUGCUAGGGUUCAUCUUUUCCAAGAUUCUUUUCCCCCUCGAUGUAAUUUAGAACCGUCCUCGUCAAUAACUUCUCCAAGAAAUAUUAGUUCUUCAGACGUAAUUUGUUACUUUGAGGAUAUCCGACAAAAUGCCUGCAAAGAGAGACAAGGAGCUAGAGGCUCAGGCCCUGGACUGGGUGGAAGCCAAUUUAGGGGAACCAGUAGACAGGAAAACCCCGUAUGAAGAUGUUCUAAGGGACGGAAUCAUCUUGUGCAAGUUGAUGAACAAACUUAUGCCUGGAUGCAUAAAGAAGAUCGAUACGAAAGGGGGUGGUUUCGCUCUCAUGCAGAACAUUGAGCGUUUCCAGGAGGCAGCCAAAAAAUACGGUGUCCCCGUCAAUGAGGUUUUCCAAACCGUGGACCUGUGGGAGAGGAAAAACAUCCCCCAGGUUACCCUCUGUAUCCACGCCCUGGGACGGGUGGCGCAGACACGAUCGGAUUAUACGGGUCCAGUGUUAGGUCCAAAGAUGGCAGAAAAACAAACUCGGGAGUUCUCGGAAGACCAACUCAGGGAAGGGAGAAACGUCAUUUCCUUACAAUACGGAAGUAACAAGGGCGCAAGUCAGGCGGGGCUUAACAUGGGCAAACAGAGAAUGAUCAAUGAUUGAUGCGCAUGCCCAAAAUUUUAAAGUGACUAAAAUUAUGAAAAAUGACAUUAUUUUUUUUUAUUUCUUAAUUUUUUUCAUUAGUUAAGUUAUUUAUUCUUUACAUAUCAGAUUUUUUUUCAAAUUUAUGUGUAGACAAUUUAUAAUCUGCAUUCUGUCGCGUGUAUUCAUAGAGAAUAUGUAACUAUAUGUGGAAAUUUAUUAUAUUUUGAAGUGUAUUAAACACUAUCAAACAAAGUC